GUCCUGCCUCUCUCGGGACGAUGAGGCCAGUUGGCUCCUGUGGCUGAGUUUCGGUUGCUGGGUGACAAGUCCGAGUUGGAAAAGUAGGGAUAAUGGCAGAAACUACUUCUCCCCUGAAGCACUUUGUACUGGCUAAGAAGGCAAUUACUACAAUCUUUGGCCAGUUACUAGAUUUUGUUACUGAAGGAUCACAUUUUGUUGAAGCAACAUAUAGGAAUCCAGAACUUGAUAGAAUAACCACUGAAGAUGAUCUGCUGGAAAUACAGGGGUAUAAAAACAAGCUUUCUGUUAUUGGUGAGGUGCUAUCUCGGAGACACAUGAAAGUUGCAUUUUUUGGCAGGACAAGCAGUGGAAAGAGCUCUGUUAUCAAUGCAAUGUUAUGGGAUAAAGUUCUUCCUAGUGGGAUUGGCCAUACGACCAAUUGCUUCCUGAGUGUCGCAGGAACUGAUGGAGAUAAAGCCUAUCUUAUAACAGAAGGAUCGGAUGAAAAAAAGAGUGUGAAGACAGUUAAUCAGCUGGCCCAUGCCCUCCAUAUGGACAAAGACUUGAAAGCUGGUUGUCUUGUGCAUGUGUUUUGGCCAAAGGCAAAAUGUGCCCUCUUGAGAGAUGACCUGGUUUUAGUAGACAGUCCAGGCACAGAUGUCACAACAGAGCUGGAUAGCUGGAUUGAUAAAUUUUGCCUCGAUGCAGAUGUCUUCGUUUUGGUUGCAAACUCUGAAUCAACACUAAUGAACACGGAGAAGCAGUUUUUUCACAAGGUGAACGAAAGACUUUCCAAACCUAAUAUUUUCAUUCUGAAUAAUCGUUGGGAUGCCUCUGCAUCAGAGCCAGAAUAUAUGGAAGAUGUACGCAGACAACACAUGGAAAGAUGUAUGCAUUUCUUGGUGGAGGAACUCAAAGUUGUGGAUCCUUUAGAAGCACGGAAUCGUAUCUUCUUUGUUUCAGCAAAGGAAGUUCUUAGUGCUAGAAAACACAAAAUACAGGGGUUGCCAGAAGGUGGUGGGGCAAUUGCUGAAGGAUUUCAGGCAAGGUUACAGGAGUUUCAGAAUUUUGAACAAAUUUUUGAGGAGUGUAUCUCGCAGUCAGCAGUGAAAACAAAGUUUGAACAGCACACUGUCAGAGCUAAGCAGAUACUAGACACUGUGAAAAACAUAGUGGAUUCAAUAAACGUGGCAGCAGCAGAAACAAGGGUUUAUUCAAUGGAAGAGAGAGAAGAUCAAAUUGAUAGACUGGACUUUACUCGAAAUCAAAUGAAUCUUUUAACACUGGAAGUUAAGAAAAAAAUCAAGGAAGUUACUGAGGAGGUGGCAAAUAAGGUUUCGUGUGCAAUGACAGAUGAAAUCUGUCGGCUGUCUGUUUUGGUUGAUGAAUUUUGUUCUGAGUUUCAUCCUACUCCAAGUGUAUUGAAAGUAUAUAAAAGUGAGUUAAAUAAACACAUAGAAGAUGGUAUGGGAAGAAAUUUGGCUGAUCGGUGCACCAGUGAAGUCAAUGCCUCAAUGCUUCAGUCCCAGCAAGAAAUUAUUGAAAAUUUGAAGCCAUUGCUUCCAGCUGAUAUACAGAAUAAACUUCAUACACUGAUUCCUUGCAAGAAGUUUGAUCUUAGUUAUGACCUUAAUUGCCAUAAAUUAUGUUCAAAUUUUCAAGAAGAUAUUGAAUUUCGUUUUUCCCUGGGCUGGUCAUCCCUUGUACAUCGAUUCUUGGGCACCACAAAUGCUCAGAGGGUGCUGCGUGGAUUAUCAGAGCCUAUCUUUCAGCUCCCUAGAUCUUUAGCUUCAACUCCCACUGCAGCUACUAAUCCAGCAACGCCAGAUAAUGCAUCACAGGAAGAACUCAUGGUUACCUUAAUAACAGGAUUAGCUUCUCUUACAUCGAGGACUUCUAUGGGCAUAAUAGUUGUUGGAGGAGUGAUUUGGAAAGCGAUAGGUUGGAAACUCGUGUCUGUUUCAUUAAGUAUGUAUGGAGCACUGUAUCUUUAUGAAAGGCUGACCUGGACCACCCGUGCCAAAGAGAGAGCCUUCAAACAGCAGUUUGUGAACUAUGCAGCUGAAAAACUGCAGAUGAUUGUUAGCUUCACAAGUGCAAACUGCAGCCACCAAGUACAACAGGAAAUGGCUACCACUUUUGCUCGCCUGUGCCAACAAGUUGAUAUUACUCAAAGGCAUCUGGAAGAAGAAAUUGCUAGAUUGUCCAAAGAAAUAGAUCAAUUGGAAAAAAUACAAAACAAUUCAAAGCUUUUAAGAAAUAAAGCCGUUCAACUUGAAAAUGAGCUGGAGAAUUUUACUAAGCAGUUUCUGCAUUAAAGCAAUGAAGAAUCUCAACAGUAGAGAUUGCUUUGGUGACCAUGAUAGGAGGAAACGGAACUUGGAAGAUGGGGAGGACAGUUGUUAUUUUUAUGAAAUGACUUCAGUAUGAAUUACACUAACUACUAAAUAGCAAAUCCCUGUGUAGAUUCUGGUAAUUAUCUAUCCAGGGCGUUUAUGUUUCUGAAGAGUGUUAUGGUAGGUCCUUAGUUUUAAUUUCGGGUUUAAAAGUGACAAAAUUUGUUAAUAAUGAAUUAGUUAAAAGCAAUAGAACCAACUAUGUGACCCCUGAGGGGUGGGUCCUUGAGCUCUUCAUUAGGGCUUGCUUUAUUUCUGAUUCUGAAAAACGGUGCUUCCUGGCAUCCAGGAGUUGGAAGUGAUCCUUUUGUCUUUUUUCUCAAAACUAGUUUUUGAUGCCCUCUUUAAUGGGAAUAGUCAGUUUUUUUGUUUUGUUUUAUAAGCCGCAUUGCUCUAACCAACCAGGAUUGUGGAAUGUUCUUGAGUGUAUUAUUUAUGCAACUUAAUCUCUCAGCCAUUGUGGCAGUCUGUAAACCACUAAUAAAUACAGUUUUUACCCCUUCUUUUAAACUGACAUCAAACAGUAUAAAGGUUUGUUAAUAUACUUAGAAAAGUAUCUGAGUUAAAAUAGUUUCCCAAUCUGUUUUUUAAGAAACAUUUUCAGCUUGGAAGUUUUUAAGUCCAGUAAGGAAAGCUUUUCUCUGAAGAAUAGUUUGAAAUGAUAAAAACAGCCAAAGAUACAGGCCUGAAUUUGGGUGAUAACAGGGUUUAAAAGCUCUUUGGCAGUAGGCACUUGCUUAAGAUCCUGCUGGAUUGUCUCCCAUGAGAGGCUUUUACUUUUGAUUUUAUAAAUUUGCCCAGGCUUCUUUAAAAAUUACUAUACUUAGUGAAAUGUUGAUGGGUUCAAGUAUCAUGUCUCCUAUAUUAGUGUAUAUGGAAUUAGUAAACAUGACAUCAUUCUAGAACCUUGUUAUAAAAAAUAAAGGAUCACCAGAUCAGUAUCACCUAGAUGCUUAUUAAAAUGCACAACCCCGAGGGACAAAACGUAUUUGGCCAAGGGACACACAAACUUCAGACCUUUUUGCUUAUAGUGCUUCCUUUUCUGUCCUUUAAGGCUCCUGAAUGCUACUUGGCUUUUUCAUAGCCAAGGUGUGUACCUUUACUUUUCAAGAUAGUUGAAGGAGAAAAUAACAUUAUUUGGGCCAUAGGAGCUUUUAAAAAAUAUUUUUAUGCAAAUCGGGUAUUUGGGUGCAGUAUUCAAAUGUAAAUACAAAUGACUUAAUUUUUAGCUUUUAGUUGAUAUAUAUAAGCCAAAACUGGGACAGGCCAUUGGUAAGAGUUAGGUGACAACACGAAAACCUAGUGUCUGACACUGGAUACCACAUCAAUUUCAGUUACAAGUUAUGUGAAAGUACUUGAGCUUUGGUUAUCACCUCAGUAUAGUAGAAUGAUUCUUGAAGUUUGAUCCCUGAAUUAUCACCAUCACUUUCUUGUAUUGGGGAUCAAACUCUGAAUCUUCUGCUUGAGGCAGGCAGCAGAACCAAGCUAAAUCCCCUGCCUCACCAUCACUUUUGAACCUGUAAGAAAUGCAGGUUCUCAGGUCUCUAUCCAGACCUAAGGAAUCAAAGACUCCAUGUUUCAGGCCUGGCUUUUUUUUUUUUUUUUUUUUGGUACCAGGGAUUGAAUUCAGGACCUUGCCCUUGCCUGGUAGGCACAGUAUCACUGAGCUAAUAGAUCCCCGGUCCUCUGGUAUAAUAACUGGUAAGUUUUCUAUCUCUAGUUUGAAUGCAGUCCCACCUGAUCAAGUUUGAAAAUGUGUGGAUGUUGGGAAUAGAACAUUAACAUAAUGGGAAGUGUCUCUUCUACCCAGACAUAAGUGCGCCUAUAG